CUUACUUUUCUUAUUUUUACAUGAGGCACUUUACAGAUAAACCAAAAGACAUGUUACCUGUCUUGAACUCUUUUAUUCUAUAUUCUCCUUCUUCUUCAAGUUCUUCUUCGAGCUCUUCUUCAGUAAACGAAGAAGAUGAAUAUGAACAGCAAACAAGACACGAUUUAAUGGAAAGGUGACCUCACUCUUUUACUAUUGUGUGUUUGUUUAUAUGUUUACAUUAAUUUUAUUAUUCUCUAGUCAUUUGUAUCAUCUUUUGUUACUUGGAAUUCCUAAAGAGGGCGCUAAAUCGCGCGUUGAAACACAAAUCAAGAUAACGAUUCAGCUACAAAACCAGCAACGAGAAAGAGUCACCCAAUGGUCAUUUAUUCGCAUCAACACAUCCAUGCUUGUCAACUCAAAGAUACGCAAGAUUGAGCAACAACAAGAAAAGAAAAAGUUAAAGGAAUUGAUGAUACUCUCGGAUGAAUCAAAAAUAUUGAAUCUAGAAGCAUACGUUAUACGAAGUGAUGCUAAUCUUCCGAUUCGUAUGUGCGAAGGCUGUGUACGACGUGAGCGAAAAAGGGCUGAACGAAUAAAGAUGAAAGUAAAUCAAGAAGAAGACAUUGAAAAGGAAAGAGAUAGGAUCUUGUUGUUCAAUUGCAAUUCGUUCGUCAAUUUUGCUUCGGGUGAAGUUACAUUACCGACACGUAUCACUUGUUACUGUCGUCAUCAUAAUGAAAAGAAAGGAUUCAGAAUAUGCUUUGUCAUGAAAAAUCAUGAAAAUCAAGUUAUUGCAUCAACUGUUUCACCUCCGAUUAUGAUUACAGAUGAUCAUAAAAAUAAUAAUAGUCAUCAUUCUAAAUUGACCUUGGCAGGAAAGAAGAGGACAAGGGAAUAUGUCGAAAAAAAGGAACCAUCACCAGAACCUAUCUUGUUUCAACCUUCAAAUGAGGAGCAUGGAUGGGAACCUUCAGUGAAUGAAGACUAUAUGUGGGACCUCUUUGCGGACUCUCUUCCAACACCUGCCUUAUCUGAAGAGGACUCAUGGUCCCCUCGUCGUCAAAAGACUUCACAUGAGUCACUGUCCAUUCUCUCGCUCCUAGGUGACUCCUUUCCUCAACUAGAACGAGUCGUGCCUGCGCAGGGCCCUACUUAUGGCGGCACAGAGGUAACUUUGCUAGGAACCGGGUUUUAUCAAGGCCUGACCUGCCUCUUUGGCGACAAGGAAGCAACCGUAACCUGUGUGAAUGAGAGCACGAUGAUCUGUCUUCUCCCACCUGCAGCCCAUCCUGGUCCUGUUGUCGUUUCGUUCAAGGAGCAUCCUUUGCUCCUCGAAGGUCAGGAUGUAGUCAUCUUUACUUACUAUGACGCAAGUGACCAAGCCUUACUCGAGCUUGCCCUGCAAGUGAUUGGACUCAAGACGACGGGCAAGCUGCAGCCUGCAACGCAGAUCGCCAUGAGUAUUGUGAAUGGCAGCUUUGAUCAACAGGCCAUUAUGGAGACCAUAAAGACAGCCAAUCUGCACUAUGACACACUCUCUCAAUCUAAUUCAAACGGACACACCUUGCUUCAUUUGGCUGUGCUGGUCAAGAACGAAGCACUUGUCGGUACUCUCCUGGACUUAAUAUCAGAUCCACAAGACAAACAGCAGUUUCUCAGUGCCCAGGACUCGAAUGGCAUGACCGCCCUUCAUUUUGCCUGUCUUUUGAACUGCCUAGACAUCGUUCGAUUGCUUCUGCGGGCUGGUUCUAACCCAGGUGUGCAGUCAAACGUUGGCCUUCCUUCAGUCUACACUCAACAGUCUGAUAUCAAGGACUUACUCGAGUUAUACACAAGACGAAAGCCACUGUCAAGACGAGGUAGCGUCAAGAGCCACCUUACUCACCGGUUCCAUAGUCUGAGCCAUGUCGAUAUCAAGAACGAAGAUGUACAGAUAAGUCCUGACAAGGAAAUGGACGGCCUCGGCUUCGUUCAUCAGAAGCUUGAUCACAGGUUAUACAUUUUUUGGCUUCCCGUAUUGAUAGGUAAUCUAAGCAUGAAACACUUUACUUUUCUCACACACAUCAGUAGUCGUUAUCGGGUUUAUCUGCAUCCAUUCUAUUGGACAACCUGGAUUAUUUAAAUCGUUUAUCUUGAACUCUAUUCCCAUGUAACAGACUCCCCCACUCAUUUUACAAUGUUUGCAUUUUUUACCUCAUUCUUUAUGCCCAAUCU